GGCCUCUUAAGGUUGGGACGGGUCGGAUACCCGAAAAUCACAUCGUCUGUACCCGUUGAUGAUACUUGGUAUCGCUAGCAGUAGCACUAGGUCAAAGCUCUCUGUGCUCUGCUCACUGCUUCUCUAAUCUCUAAUCACUAUUGAUAAUCGAUGUACUAGGUCAAUCCUGACUCAGUUCUAUCCGCUGUGACUCGGCUUUUUGCACGAUGCAAAGCUAUAUCUGCAAUGCGCCAUGGAAUAACAUUGUCUUCUGCUCUCCUCAGAACUUCAUCCCGAAUCGAAAACCUCCUCCUUGUGGCAUCCGUCUCCAAAACCCUCACCGAGUCCGGCACUCGGAACCUCGAUGGCGAUUCCAUCCCACUCUGCGAAUCUCUCGUCCUCCAAGUCCUCCGAAGAAGCUCUCUCGAUCUCUUUAAGAGGAUCGAUUUUUUUAGGUGGGCUUCUCGCAGGCCUGGCUACAAACACUCUUUCCGCGUCUAUUCUCAGAUCUUUCAGGCAGUCUGUCAAACUGGGCACCUCGACGAGCUCCGUCCUCUUUUGUCUUUGAUGAAGGAGGAUGGUGUGGUUGUUGAUUCUGCGACUUUCAAGCUCUUGCUUGAUGCUUUUAUCCGAUCAUAUAGGUUUGAUUCGGCUAUUGAAAUAUUGGAUCUCAUGGAAGAACAAGGAACUGGCUUGAAUCCCCGCAUUUAUAACUCUGUUAUUGUUGCGCUGCUUAGAAAAAACCAGUUGGAUCUUGCUCUUUCUAUGUUUUACAAGCUUAUUGAAGCUCUGAGUGGCGACAAUGGCAUCGCUCUUGAUGCACUCGCCUGUAACGAAUUGCUAGUUGCUCUGAGGAAAGCAGACAGGAAGGCGGAAUUCAAAAGGACUUUUGAGAAAUUGAGAUCUAAGGGGUUUGGUUUGGAUGCAUGGGGCUAUAAUAUUUGUAUUCAUGCAUUCGGGUGCUGGGGUGAUUUGGCUACUUCUCUUAAACUUUUCAAAGAGAUGAAACAAAAGAUUUCGAAGUCAGGUUUCUCUGGCCCGGACUUGUGCACUUAUAACAGCUUAAUACAUGUGCUCUGCUCAGUUGGGAAAGUGAAAGACGCAUUAAUUGUUUGGGAGGAGUUGAAAGGGUCUGGUCAUGAGCCUGACGCUUUCACUUAUCGGAUUCUCAUCCAAGGUUGUUGCAAAUCAUAUAGAAUGGACGAUGCAACAAGAAUUUUCAGUGACAUGCAGCACAGUGGAUUCCAUCCUGAUACUGUUGUUUAUAAUUCUCUUCUCGAUGGUUUGCUCAAAGCAAGGAAAGUGUCAGAAGCCUGCCACUUGUUUGAAAAAAUGGUUCAGGAUGGGGUAAAGGCUUCAUGUUGGUCUUACAAUAUUCUGAUUGACGGGCUAUUUAAAAAUGGAAGGGCUUUGGCUGCUUACACUCUUUUCUCUGACUUGAAAAAGAAGGGCCCACUUGUGGAUGGUGUCACUUACAGCAUCGUUGUGCUGCAUCUCUGUAGGGAGGGUCAUCUUGAUGAUGCAUUACAGUUAGUGGAGGAAAUGGAAGCCAGAGGCUUUGUUGUGGAUCUGGUUACAAUAACGUCAGUCUUGAUUGGUCUUCAUAAACAAGGGAGGUGGGAUUGGGCAGAGAGGCUCAUGAAACACGUAAGGGAUGUUACACUAGUGCCAAAUGUUAUCAAAUGGAGGUAUAAUAUGGAGGCUUCAAUGAGAGACCCACAGAACAGACAAAAGGAUUUCACGCCAAUGUUUCCAUCUGAAGGCAGUAUUAGUGAGAUCAUGAGUUUCAUAGCUUCAUUAUCCAAGGAUGCAGAUAUUGAUUCACAAAUUGAUUCUGAAAAUGGGAGAUCACAAAGUGAAGAUGAAACUUCUUCUAGCAUUGAUCACUGGUCAUCAUCUCCUUACGUAGAUCAACUUGCCAAUGAAGUAAAGUCUACCAACUACUCUCGGUUAUUUUCAAUGUCUAAGGGAAGACGGGUGCAAGGGAAAAGCAAUGAUUCAUUUGAUAUUGAUAUGAUCAAUACAUACCUGUCAGUUUUUUUGGCCAAGGGGAAGUUGAGCUUUGCCUGCAAGUUGUUUGAGAUCUUCACUGAAAUGGGUGUUAAUCCUAUCAGUUACACUUAUAAUUCCAUUAUGUGUUCCUUUGUGAAAAAGGGCUAUUUUAGUGAGGCAUGGGGUGUGCUCCAUGAAAUGGGCAAGAAGCUUUGCCCUGCUGAUAUUGCAACAUAUAAUGUGAUAAUCCAAGGCUUGGGAAAGAUGGGAAGAGCAGAUCUUGCCAGUAUUGUUCUUAAUCAAUUGAUGGGCCAUGGUGGUUAUCUUGACAUUGUUAUGUACAACACAUUGAUUCAUGCACUGGGGAAGGGUGGUCACAUUGAUGAAGCUAACAGGUUAUUUGAGCAGAUGAUGAAAAGUGGGGUUAAUCCAGACAUUGUCACUUUCAAUACACUCAUUGAGAUUCAUGUCAAGGCAGGUCAACUGAAAGAAGCAUACAAAUUUUUGAAAAUGAUGCUGGAUGCUGGAUGCUCCCCUAACCAUGUCACUGACACAACUUUGGAUUUCUUGGAGAAGGAGAUUGAGAAACUGAGAUACCAAAAGGCAUCGAUCAAACCCAACAAUAAGGAAGAUGCUAUUUGAAGAACAAACUUCAGGGUUUAUGGAUUACAAAAAUCAAUCAAUGAGGCUGCCACAAAUUGGAUCUGAAGUGUCUAUGUUAUAAGUAAGGGGAUACGUCUCUUUCUCUGGAGUGAGAGCAGCCGUAGAGAUACAAGAAGCAGAACAUAGAUAACGAGCUUAAGUUUUUAAAUCAGGAGAAAGGCAGGCAAACAGUAAUGUUGCAGAUUGGGAACGAACUUCAUUGAUCUUAUAGGCAGAAGCCACAUGACGGAUAUAGAGAAUGAGUCUAUUCUUUAAACCAUUAGGAGAAGCAAAAGCCAUCCUUGCUAGAGCACAAGCAACUGCAAAAGGGAUCUCUUUUCCAUCAGAAACCAUCAAAACAAAUGGAGGUGUUUAGAUCUACACAACUUGGCCAUAAUCCCAACUAUUUGGGGCAGCAAGUUUGAGAAUUGAUGAGCAAUCUGCAUUACAUCCAAGCUUUCGGUAACAUUGCCAAGGAGGUCAGUAGUGGACUUGCUGUACUUUUAAGGGAGUCUUCCUGCACUUGUAUGAUUUGGUUUUUCAAAAUUAAAAAAAUGCCACAUUGGCAAAAAGUAUGAUAUGCUGAUAUUACAGUUCUUUCUUUAAAAAAACAAAAUCAUAAAUGUUGGUGAGCACACUCUAAACAUUUGAAAUAGUCCAUGUUGUGAUGAAUUUGUUGUUUUCUGCCUUUUUGUUUGCUUCCUCGGGGGAUAACAAUGUUGCUCCCUGGCAUUGCUACCAAUCCUGUAAGUAUGCUUGUCUCGGGCUCUUACCAUAUACAAAAGUCUGAUUGACAACAGUUAUGGUAUUGGCCCCUGUGGGGCAUCCCACUCUGAUCCCCUAAAGGCAACAUGGACAGUCAUCAUUCUGUGCAAGGUGGAGCUGAGAUCCGUGCACUCUAGAUGCAAAAGAUGAGGUUGAAUAGAGAUAACUAAUUUUCUCAAUCAUAUGCAAUGAGAAGCUUGGUGCAUCUAUAAACUAUAGAACGAUAUACAAGUUUUAAUGGAGUCAUUGGUUCAAUUAAAUUAACUAUACAUUAUUCUUUUGUACUUAUAAUUUUUGAGUUGUAAACCAAGGAUUAAAGGGCGCAAUGUAUCGGUGUAUCCAUAUAUGCUUGCAUUCACUGAUAUACAAAUAUUUUGAAAAUUUUAUAGUGUCUCGGGCC